GCAUUAUUCGUCCAACUACGAUGCGUCUACGGUUCUGCUCACGUGGAAAGUCAACGAGGAAAAUUUGUGACGUGCUUAACCCACAUCCACACCGAUGUAAGGUAUCCGUGAAUAUAUAAAUGUGUGCGUUGUGAUUCCCUUUAUCUGAUUUUCGGUCAAAAACGUCUGUACUAAAGUAGUUAACGAAUUGAUUAUUUUUCCCUUAUGCGUGCAAUAUUAUCUUGACAGUUGACCUUUCGUCUUCGUAUAAUGUGUAAACUUGUUUAUGGAAAAAAACGCGAAAGACUAUAGCUAGGUGAGUGAACGUCCAAAGGUCCAUGAACGCAAUGGGGCCCCUUUGAGUUUCACCAGCUGGUACACUGUCUCUAUUCGAGACAUACACAAAUUUCGUUAUUACAUGAUCACUUUUUGCAAUCGAAUAGCAUAAUUACUGGAAUGUAUCAAUUAAAUCUUUCCAACAAGCAAAGAAAUAACCCUGAAAAUCCGAACCACCCGAAGGAUUAUUUUUCUUCAGGACUUUCAGAAGAACACACGCAACAAAUACAUUCAGGUUAUAUUGGUGAUGUUCAAAAUAUUGUUACCCCAGAUAAUAUAUUUAUGUCAACUGCAGAUUAUACUAAAUCCAUGGAGAGUUUUCAAUCUGUCGAUGCACAAUCUAUUGCUCCACAUGAACAUGCAGUUUCGAGCAUGUAUCAGACAAAUACCAAUAAAGCUGCUACUGAUAAUGCACCACCUAAUAUGUAUGAUCAAUGGUAUAACAAUAAUGCUAUACCAUCACCAAUUGAAAACUCGUGGUUCUCGAAAGAUAACAUACGUGGAUCAAAACAAUGGCCUGAACAAAGUGUUGAAAAUUACGAAAACAUUCAACAGCCUUCCGAAUUUGUUAAUUUAGAAGUAGUUAUACCUGCACUAGAAGAACGUGAUAUAUAUGGAUCUCGAGAUUCUAUAAAUAGGGAAACAUUAGAUAAUGAUCCUAACGCCCUUGCAAAUCUUCAAAAAGAAACAGUUAACGUACGUGAAUAUAGACAAGAAGUAAAUAAUAUUGAAGUUCCUUCUAUACAACAGCACACACAAAGUCACCGAUCUUUACAACAGGAACAAGCCUUAAACAAUUAUGAAUUUGCUUCAAACGAUAGAAACACAUUUUUAGAAACAGGAGAAUUAACAGAUUCUCAUACCGAUCAUGAAUUAUCUCCACCGAAUCAGGAUGAUGAAAACGAUGAAGUCCCUAACGAUAUUCCUUUUCUACGUGAAGUUCCUGGUCAAUCUAGUUCCAUUGAUCCUAGAAAUGAUAGAAAUGAUCCUGCUGGGCAAGAGCAAUAUAUACAAUCUGGUCAGCGAUUAUCUGAUCCAAGAAGAAAUGAUCCUUCUGGACAAGAACAAGGAUUACAAAUUAGAAAUAUAUCUGACAGAUCCGAACGUCGAGAUGUUCCGCCUGGUCAGGAAAGAAGUAUAUCUUCUCUUUCUCGAAGCGAAUCAGAUACAUUAGAACGUCAGAAUGACCCUUCCGGUAGAGAACGUUCUUUGCCUCCACAACAAUCUAGAAAUGAUCCAUCAGGAGAAGAGAGAUAUCAGAUGCAAUCUCAAAUAAUGCUGGAAUCAAGUGAAAUACGUGAAAUACCUGGAAGAGGCAAUGAACUUGAGGAUGUUGCACAACAAUCGGAUGGAGGACUUAGACAAAUUCCAGGAGGUGCAUCUCCUAAUGAAACCAUUCAAUCCUCGGAUGAUAGAUCUACAGGAAGAGUAGUUACAGGAUCUCAAGAAGUUCCUUUAUCUAUUCCCUCUGUUUCGGAUCAACCCAGUGAUUCUAGAAAUAAACGGGAAGAAGCAGUUGGAGCAUCUGAAGGAGGUAAUCAAAGUGUUCAAGUACCAUCUAUACGUAAAGAUUCGUAUGAAAAUGAAGACGAUGAAGGAUCUGGUAACAGUAGAGAAGAUAGUAGAGAAAGACACAGAGAUGCCAGUCCUGAUCGUAGACGUUAUGAUUACGAAAGAAAGAAUGCAUAUUACGAUCGUGAACGUGAAUAUGAUGAUGAUUAUUAUUACGAUCGUCGACGCGGUGUAGAUAAUGAAAGACCGUACAAUGAUUUCGAACGUCGAGACCUUUCUUAUAGAGAUGAUGAUCGUAAGCAUCAUAGUCGUGAUGAUUUAGAUCGUCAUCCAAGGGAUGAUAUAGAAAGAAGAAACAGAGUUAAAGAUGAGACAGAUGAUGGGAGAAGAAGGCAAGAUGAUCCGCGUAGGAGAGAUAGGGGCGAUGAUCCACGUAGAAGGGAUAGAGAAACUAGAGACUACGAUUUGAGAUAUGCUAGAGAUAGAGAAUACCCCGGUCGUGAAAGAAGAAGGGACGACAGACGACCUAGAAGAUACGAUGAUUAUGAUAUUAGAGAUUCGUAUAGAAGAGAAUAUUAUGAAGAUCCUUAUAACAGAAGUUCUAGACCUUCCAGCAGAUCUUCUUACAACGACAGAGAUAGGGAAUAUUACAUGCGUUCUAGAGAUCUUUACUAUGCUUACAAUGGAUAUGGUGGAUACGACUAUAGUACUCAUUAUGGUAACAAUUAUUACGCAUAUCUUGAGAAUUUACGUCGUACCAAUCCCGCUGCUUAUUCAGAAUGGUACCACAAAUAUUAUGCUAGCCAUCAUCAACAGCAGCACAUAUCUAGAGGUGUUAGUAAUUAUCCAGAGGAUAGGGCUAGUGUACAUUCAGGACGCAGUUCUUGUGAGGAACGAACCACUGGAGAUAAACGAACCUUAGCUCAUAUGUCACAGUUUGAAGACUCAACAACAACAUCUGCACGACUAACACCAACAAAAUUUUCAACUUGCCAUGUAUAUGGAUCUUUUUCUGUCGGAUCAAUAAUACAUGUUCAACCUAGUUAUCCAGCAGAUGGUGAGAGAGCUAAAGUGGACAUUUUACGAGUGGAAAAUCUGCUCUUGCAUGAUCCUGUUGCACGCGAUUUACGUGCCUAUCCGGGACCUCUAAUUAAGCAAGUAGGAGUAACGCACAAAAAAACCAUAAUUAAAUAUUGCGAAAAUAAAAUUAAAACAGCAACAGCGAACGAUGAUAUGAUUGAUCGCGCUUCUUAUAUACUUUUAUAUGAAUUAAUGAUUAUGUUAAUCCAACAAAAUGGCAAUGUUGUUGGUGUUGAUAUAGCAGCACUUUUACUUAGAAAUAAAGAUGCUUAUCCUUAUGAUGUAAAUAAACAAAAAUUGCAAGAUACAGGAAGAAGAGAGUCUGUGAUGUCACAGCGAUCUGGAACAAGUGCAAAUGGAAAUAAUGCAGAUAAUCUAUUAACUGCUGAAAAAGUAGAAAAUAUCAAACAGCAGAAAACUGUAGAACAAAUGACAGAUGAAUUUAGAAAUACACUUCUUUAUGGAUUAGUUCAAGAAGCAUUAGAAUAUGCUAUGAAUGAAGGAUUAUGGGGACAUGCACUUUUUUUAGCUAGCAAAUUAGAUAAGCGUACUCAUGCAUCAGUAAUGACACAAUUUGCAAAUAGUUUAUCACCUUCUGAUCCAUUACAAACUUUAUAUCAGUUGCACUCUGGUCGCAUACCAACUAUUGUAACAAGUGUAGCAGAUCCACGAUGGGACGACUGGAGACCUCACUUAGCUAUGAUUAUUUCAAAUACAUCUGCUAAUCCUGAAAUUAAUCGACGAUCAAUAACAACACUCGGAGAUACUCUUUUUGCGAGAGGGGAUAUCUAUGCUGCUCAUUUUUGUUACAUUCUGGCACAAGUUGAUUUUAGCGCAUAUGGAAUAAAUUCAGCAAAACUUGUUCUAAUAGGCUCUAAUCAUCACAAAUCAUAUUCCGAAUUUAUGACAACAGAAGCUGUUAUGCUAACAGAAAUUUAUGAAUACGCUCGUAAUCUUAGCGAGCCUGGGUUUACUUCGGUAGAUCUUCAAACUUUUAAAUUUGAUUUGGCAGUUAAAAUGGUUGAUUAUGGCUUGAUAGAAAAAGCAUUACUUUAUAUAGAACAAAUUGCAGUUAAUAUUUUUAAUGAACCGUCAAAAUAUAAAAGGUCUUUUAUUAUGUCAGUUUAUGCAUUGGGCGAUAAAAUUAAAUAUCAUGAUCCUGUUUGCAAAGAUUCUACUGAAGAUGCUGCUAAUCUUAUUUGGUUAAAUAAUUUAGCAAAGAUUGUAAAUAAAUGUCAGAUAGGAGAAAUAGUUGAAAGUAAUACAUAUGAGUCACAAGUAAACGAAGAUGUACAAAGUCAAGAUACUCAUGAUAAUAAAUUACAAUCACAACAACAACAACAACAACAACAAAUACAACAACAAUGGGUAUCUAAUCAAACUGAGUAUAGAGAUAGACCAACGUCUGGGAUGAAUGUUAUAAAUGCAGAUAUGCAGUCAAACUGGGAACCAGUAUCAUUACCAUCAACUAUGCAGCAAGAUACGUACGAUCAAUCUACACAAUAUAUGCGUAAUAAUAGUGAAAAUAAUCAAUAUCGACAACCUCAGCAACAAGAUUAUUGGAAUCAACAGCAAACAUAUUAUGAAAAUAACUUUGGUAGAAGCGGUACAGUUAAUUGGCAGCAACAAUCUACUCAUGUUCAAUACGCUGACGAUCAGCCUGACAUGGAUAAUUCUCAACAACAAGAAAAAUGGAACUAUGAGACGGAAAGAGAAGAAAAAACAUCUACUCCUGAACAAAUACAACCAGCAAUUUCUAUGACACCUUCCUCGGGUAAACAAUAUGAUCCAUUAGAGGAGCUAGAUGCCUUAGAAACACCAAGACAAGGUGCUAAAUCUACGACAGAAACUAAGAAGACAUCUGAUAAAAAUAGUGAAAAGAAACAAACUAAUGGAGGUAGUUCAUGGUUCGGAGGUCUUUUCAGUAAAUUGGCCCCGAAACCACGUAAUCAAAUGAUACUACCAGAUGAUAGUAAUCCUACGAUUGUUUGGGAUCCUGUUGCAAAAAGAUGGAUAAAUAAAGACGAAGAUGCGGAUACUAGUACAACAUCAUUGCCUCCACCACCAAAAGCAACUGACAUGGGUUUCAGACCACCAUCAAUUGAACAAGUUAAUACACCUAAACUUACCUUACAACAAAAUCAACCAUCUAAAGAGGCAAUGAAUGUAAAUGAUUCUAAAGUACAGACUAACUACAAUAUGUUCAAACUACAGAAGGGAAGAAAUAUGCGUGCUAAUUAUGUAGAUGUAAUGAAUCGGAAUGGUGGAAAAAGUAGUGCAGCAUCACCGAGUGUACCAACGCCUGCAACAUCUCCAUUUGUACCUAUGGCUGUAUCAUCUCCUCAAUUAUUCAUUCCUGCACCAGUAAAUGAUCCAAAUGCACCCGUCGACUUUUUAACACCAAUUCCAGCACCAAGUAUACCUGCUACUCACCCCACUGAAAAUGUAAAUCAAGGACUCUCUCGAUGGAGCUCAACCAGCUCAUUAUCGCGAGAGGUGCAGAGUUACACAAUGAGGGAUCCGCGGCUUCUUCAAAGGAAUAAGGACCAAUGAACAAACUCGGUAAUAUCAAGAAUCGUGUAAUGAAAGAACGUGCAACAUACUGGAUAUCCAUGAUAAGUUCGAUUACUUAUUCUUAUUAGAAUAAUUGUUAAUUAAACGAAUUUCUUGUGUCUCAUACAAGUUGGAUUUAUUAUAUAAAGUGUAUAUUAUUGGUGUACGGCUGGCUGAAACUCUGUCAACAUAUUAUAGAUUUUUAACUUACAAUUAGAUUUCGAAACGAACCCAUUUUUAAUAGCAUAAUAAUCAGGAAUCAUGAAAUUUUAUUAUAGAUAGAAAAUUUAGAUAAAAUUUCAGAAUUAUUAUUAAGUCUAGUUAUAUAUUAGUAAAAU